AUGCUCUACUCUACUCUCAUCGUCGCCGCAUCGGCUUUUGCCGGCUUUGCCUCUGCGCAGAACGCGAGCUCGCAGUUCCAGACACCCAUCCCCUGCUGCUCCGUCGACGCCGGCUCCGUGCCCAUGAACGACAAGCAGACAUGGUGCACUGCCAAUCAGAACACGUGCGUUGAGCUGUGCGGUGGCCAGGGCAAGCUUGCAAGCAACGGUAACUCGUGCAGUGCUCAAUCCCUUGAGUACUCGUGCGACUGCCGAAACGGUACUUCCAUGACCGAUGUCAUGAGUAAAUACCAGCAGACAGUACCCGGCCAAAUGUGCCGCGUCUGGUAUGACCAGUGCAUUACCGCAAGCGGCUCCGACGAUGCUGCCCAGUUCCAGUGCAUCCAGGCGCGCGAUAACCUGUGUGGUAACCUCACCACUACCGACGCGACCAACGCGGGUAACGGCAACUCAGGAGGAAGCUCUGCCUCUGCUUCUGCCAGCAGCAAGCCUUCAUCUACCGGCGGCUCUUCUUCUGGAGCCUCGCCGACCCCCUCGGCCUCUACCGCACCUGCCGGCAACGCGGCUGCUACUCUCGCCCAGUACGGCACACCUGCUCUUGCUGGUGGUCUUCUUGCCAUCUUCGGCUUUGUCUUGUAA